GCUUUCUACACUCACUCCUCUUACUAAUCUGCCCUCCUUCCUCUUGUCAGCGGGGGGAAAUAUGUGUCUCCCUUUCCUUGCCCUUCUCUUCCUCCUUCAUGCCUUUUAUUCCCCGCCAUUCCUUUUUCCUUCCAUCGAUUGCUCACGGUUGUGCCCACACCAAUGCAUUUGUUACGAGCACGCUGACCUAGUGGACUGCCGCGGCCGUGGGUUUGAGCAUGUUCCCAGAGGCCUGCCGCAUGGCACAUGGCUGCUGGAGCUGGGAGGAAACAAUCUGAGUGAGAUUGGCACCCGAGUCUUCACUGGACUGUGGUCCCUGCGGGUGCUGGUGCUGUCCAACAGCCAGAUACAAGACAUUCAACCACAGGCAUUUUUCUCUUUGUCCUUCAUGGAGAAGCUGGAUCUCAGUGGGAACCAGUUAACAUCUCUACCUGUCGACUUCUCAACCAGUCUUUCUGCUCUCAGAGAGCUGCGACUGGAGCACAACAACUUACAACAUAUAUCUGGCUUGGAGUAUCUGGACAACAUGGAGAAGCUCGACCUCAGUUAUAACCAGCUAGCUGUGGUGGGCUCCGGCGUGUUCAGGGGCCUCUCCAGGCUUAGACAGCUCUACCUGCAUAACAACAAGCUGACUGUGAUACAGCAGGGGAGCAUGGAUAUGCUGCCUGGGCUAGAGGUGCUCCAGCUCAGUAACAACAACAUCUCUCAGAUAGAGAAUGAUGCUCUGGCCCCUCUCUACAGCCUGGCUGUCCUCUCUCUGGAGGGAAACAACCUGCAACAUCUCAAGUUCAAGACCUUCAUCAGCCUUCAUACAACAGCGACACACAUCCAGCUUUCAGGCAACCCCUGGAACUGUGACUGCGAUCUGCAUCGUGUCUUCAGUAAGAUCUUGCACGUUCGCCAUCUCCACGUCGACGACUACCGCAACGUGACGUGCCAGGAUCCGCCGCAGCUGGCCGGGGCAUCGCUGGCCUGGGUGGACAGCCAGCUCUGCGUUGCCGAGACCGCCACAGUACUCGUCAUCACCAUCACCGUGCUGGUCACCGUGCUGGCGGCUUUGGUGAUGGCGGAGAGGAACAGGAAGAAAAACCGUGGGAAGAACUGGGACACUGAGUCACAGAAUCAAACUUAGAGCCGUACAUCCUGAGAGCCCACAUAACAAACAGCCAGAGAACAAUCAUACCUAACAAAACGCAGACCCUGUGAGUUCAGAGGCUUAACUCUGGGUUCGUCUAUUGACAAGGAGGCAUGCAGCAUCAAAGAUGGCUGCCAGUACUUGAAUGGACAAUCUUCCCUUUUCCUCUGACAUUCAAACAGCUGACAGAUCGGAC